UUAUCCAGAGAUGUUGGAGGCAUUCGCUCUAAUUCUUCUGGGAACGUGUUUCUUUGGUAGCUCCUUCCAGUUAUCAGUGCGAGGCGUUCGAAGAUACGGAGGAUCUUUUGUUACUAAAGCUUCCUCUCUCAAAAUCGCUGUGAGGCUUGUAUCAUGUAUUCAAGCUGUAGGAGCUACAGCUGUAGGAGUUUACACAGUCUUCACAUGUCCUGAUGUUCUUUAUGACAAGAGUGUGUGGUUACAAAGAUAUGUCUACUUUGGUCUACCCUACCUAAUCUAUGAUUUACGUGCAAUGUAUCAUGCACACUCAGCUGAACAUGGCAAUAAUGUGCGUGUAUUUAUGCAAUACAAAGGAUCAGUUGUUAUUCAUCAUGUAGCAUUGACUGCUUUUGGGUUUCCUCUAAUUGCCUCUUGGAGACGAGGACUUGGUGACUUUUUUGUUGGUUGUAUUUUCUGUGCUGAGAUGAGUACAAUUUUCUUGUCUCUUAACAUGAUCUUGAAACACUUGGAAAUGAAGGAGACGAUAUGGUAUACCAUCAGUGGCAUGAUGCUGAUGAUCAGCUUCUUUAUAUGUAGGAUUCUCGUGUUUCCAUUUAUGUUUUGGAUGUAUGGGAAAUAUCACGGCCGGCUCACAUUGUUGGAAGUCCCCAGCUCAAUACCAUGGUUUUGCACUGCUGGAUGUUGCCUUGUUUUUUUGUUUCAAGCUUACUGGUUUUCCAUAAUCUUUGUGAAGACCAUCACAGGUUUAUAUGGGAAAUUAUACCAAUAACAGAAGAUGCUGCUGCAGUGGCUGCCAACUUGAUGAUUUCUGUUAUAAUAUGGUCUUUAGAUCUGUAGCUAUAAGCAUCAGUCGUCAACACUUAGACAUUUUGUGAUAUCCAGCCAGGACUGUAGACCAACAUGUGGGAUAAAGUGGUCUUGUAUCGAAUAAUUGUUAUUACCGGAUUGACUUUGUAGUAUAAGUUUUCUACAAUAAUCAAAGAGUUGUAUUUUUGUUUGCUGGGAAUUAACCUAUUUUGUAUAUAUCUGAACUAUCUUUAGUUUGUCACCAUGGCAACAUUAUUUAUGUUUUUUUGUAGGACUUUAAUGUAAUUUUGUAUUCUUAUUUGAUAUUUGUAGAAUGUACUUAUAAUUAGUUGUAAGUCAAGAUGCAAUGGAUGCAAUUUAAAGUGACAAGAUGUGUCCUCAUCUCUAUGAUGCAUGCCACUCGUACCAUAGUAGUAAAGAGCUGUGUUUUAAUCAAUUUGUGCUGUGUGCUCAAAACAACAUCAA